AAAAAACACUCAAGCACCCACACACACUUACACCAUGCGUAUGUCCCCCCUCUCUCUCUUCCUCACUCUCCCCUCCUCCUCUAUCCUGCUCAAGCGCACCCGCAUGACUGUUGCCCUGGCUCAUCACCCCGUCUCUCACCUCUGCGCGACUAUGCCAUGCAUGAAGCACCCGAUCGCGUCUUCUCUACACACGCGUGUCAAUCUGUUAUCAUCAUGGCUCACUGUGCAAGAGUCAAUUGAGAAACCAACAACAACAAUCAGACGCGUCGCUAUGCAGGCUAGGGUCAGGAACAUGGAGCAUGGAACAACAAGUAAACAAAAAACCAAAACAACAUACUAACACUCCCCAAGCUAAGGACUCUACCACUACUCGUGCUGCCGCUCCGCGUGCCAAGAAGGAGAAGAAGGACCCUAAUGCACCCAAGAAGGCAUUGUCCUCCUACAUGCUCUUCACCCAAGACCACCGACAAAUUGUGUUGAGCGAGAACCCCGGCAUUCCUUUCGGUAUCCUUCCUCACUUGUUGUACUGACUGAUGCUAACGAUUCCUAGGACAAGUCGGCAGGGAGCUCGGUACACGAUGGAAGAACCUGUCGGAUGCAGACAAGAAGCCUUACGAGGACAAGGCAAAGGCCGCCAAGGCCAAGUAUGAAGAGGAGAAGGCUGCUUAUGAGCUCGAG